UACGAGGACUAAUAGCAUCAAUAUCUAUCUGUGUUAUUAGAAUUAUCUUGUUAUAAGAGCUAAUAGCAUUGAUAAAUUGUUCAUAUUAUUAGGUGUAUACAAACUGAAGCCCCUUUUUCAACAAGGUUCAAGUGGACAACGAAUUGAGUUUUAGUUAAUCACGCAUAUAAUCCAACCAACUAAUUCCAAGGUGCAUUCUUCCUUCUCCCCGGCGCGAGUACAGGUGCAUUUGCUUCUUUGACCGGCACAUUUGCUAUCCCAAUGAUAUGUUAAGAACUAUGUAUUUGCUGUCAUAAUUUAAAUUCAUAUCCUGCCAUUCUUCCUUCUCCCCUUUCAUACGUUUCUUUAACCCAAACCACAAGGUACCAUAAACUUGCUAAACAUGAACUAAGGAAACCCUAGCUAGCUCACCCUAGAAGGAACAAAAUAACAAUUAAGAAUCUCUACUUCCCCCUUCCUUUCCCUUCAACCUAACCCUAAACCUAAACAAACACAGAACAAUAAGGAAUCUUCUCUCUUUCCCCUUCCCUUCAUCCAAAAGCUAUACCCUUAUUAACUCCAACAAAGGCAAUGAUAGCUCUCCAAUAUAUAUACCACCUUCCAAUACAAGUCUUCAUUUUCCUUCAAACCAUCAUCAUGUCCUUGAGCCACCAUCACCAACGGCCUCGAGUGACGGUCAAUGGCGUCCGGCGAAUGAGAACUUUCCAUUACUUCUGGUGCUACCAUUGCGGACGAACGUUGAGAUUCGCCUCUAUAAUCCCACACGAAAUGUUCUGCCCCCAUUGCUUCGGAACCCUAAGUCCGGAGCUUGACAUGUCAAGUCCAAGGUUGUCCGGUCGCCGGCCGUUUGAACCCGCUCCGGCGCCGGAGAGGUUGCUAGAAUCGCUUUCCCUUAUGAUCGAUCCAAGAAGAAUGAGUCAUUACAAUGACCAUCCAUCAAGAAAUGAAGAACACUCCAUUGAUCGUUGGAUUACCCUCCAUUUCCCUCCGACGCCGCCUCCUCACCAAGCUAUUGUCAACGAGGACAGGCCGGGCCCGCCGCCGGCCUCCCCCACGGCGAUCGAAGCCCUGCCGACGGUGAAAUUCACGGCGAAAGACCCCAACUUCGCAUGUCCGGUUUGUAAAGAAGAGUUUGAAGCGGGAGAAGAAGGUAAGGAGAUGCCGUGUCAGCAUUUGUACCAUACGGGUUGCAUCGUCCCCUGGCUCACCAUGCACAACACGUGUCCCGUCUGCCGGUACGCGCUGCCGAGUUCCGGCGCCGGUACCGGCGAUCGGCAGCGUCCUGAUGGAGGUGCUCGUAGUAAUAACUAUGAUUUGGAGGAGUGGACUUUGAACGGCGUGAAUUGGGUGAGGGAUCGUCUGUUUUCAGUGGGCCGGAGGCCCAUUCGUGUGCUCUCGGACUGGACCCUUCUUUGCAUGGACAUGCUGGAUAGGAGGAUCGUUGGCGUGAUCAACACCGGCGAGUCUUCCCGCCGAGGGGAUGAACUGGGCAACUCCGGCGGCCAGUGGUGGCCAUCUUGGCUCAUUUUGUGAGUAUGGCAUGCACUGUAAGAUAAUUUCCUUUGCUUUAAAGGCACUGCAGGUAUAGUACUCAUGAUAUUGACUCACUAAAUAACUUUUAUCUAAUCACCGAUCAUAAUUAACAUAUCUUGAUUUGUCUAAUCUCAUUCAUUAAUCUAUUAUUUUUUUUUAAAACAGGAAACAGGGGAUCGUAGCUGUCAUUCUCAUUUGACUGGAGGAACAGAUGACUGAUGAAGAGAAGUGAUUUGAUUAGCGAUUCGCCAACUAACUGAUAUACAUUUAUGAUGGCUGCUGAAAUUUCCCCAACUCGAGGCCCGCCGGCGGCCGCUGGGAGAGAUGUAUGCAUAUAUAUAUGUAGAGCACUAACGAGUAAAUUAAAUGUAUAUAACAUUAAAUUAAUAGAUGUAUGUGUAUUAUUUGUCAAAGAAUCAAGCUAUAAACGAAAAGGACACCGACUUAAUCUUGAAUGCCAUGAUCAGUCCACGAUAGAGAUAAGCCCUAAUUACAAAGGUAGUUUUGGUCAAUUGCAUAAAAGCACAUAUAUUUUUAGCACUCCCUUAAAUUGAUUGAUAUUGGACAUGCAAAAUCAAUUAGGAGGAUAAGUAUCAAUACCUACCAUAUGUCAUUUCUCGGUUAAAAUGUUUGUAUGUACAAGCAGACUUGAGUUAAUUCGCUUUUCCCUAUAUCACAAGUUAUUAAUAUAUAAUAAUGAGCUCGGGUUUCUAUAUGAUUCGUACAAUCAUCACUCAAAACUAGAUUAAGGACUAUUUGCAUGUACGUCACUCCCAUAAUAUCACUGAAAAAUGCCAAGACUAACUAGUACUCCACGAGUGAAAUAGAAUUCUUCAAAUCAAUCGUACUUAUAUACUUGCUGCCCGAUAUACAUUAACAUUCAUCAACGAUACUAUAUAGCUUUGCUAGCACAUAUACUUUAAUAAUUAUAUAUUAAGAAAACGAAUAGUACUACAUUUUAUGUUCAUUUCAUAUUACUGUUGUCUUAAAUAGUAUUAUUAUGUUCAUUUCAUAAUACUAUUGCCAAGUCAGCAUCUGGAGUAAUAACAACGAAGACUUUUUUUUAAGUGUGGUAAGGUUGGCGAGUUAGACAAAUCACAAAAAGUAUUGAUAUUAAUUAAAAUCUGCGAUGGCCCUAAAGCAUUUAUAGGCGCGGCCCCCAUGCAUGCAAAUGCAAAGCUCAUAUUUUUCCGUACGCGACAAACUAUGGUAACGACGGAUAACUACUACUACUACAACUAGCUGUUGCUGCUAGUUGUUUUGACUCUUCUACUUCUCCUUCUCCCGCUCACAUUCUUUUCACAUAUUUCCCCCACUCUUUCUUCUUCUUCUUCUUCGUCGUGCUAGCUAAUUCCAUCCUUUCGUCAAACAAACACAUUCUGAAAACGAAAGGGAAUUGUCGCAUUGAGAAGUAUUUUGCAAAUGCAAAGCGCGUUCCACGGACGAAACGACAGUGCAUGCUAUGCUCCUAUUGCUCAUUGCCUGGCUAGGGAACGAAUCGAGCAAUCUAUCUACCGGGUUAAAAAAAAAAGUCAACGUAA